AUGUCUCCACCCAACACCCCAGAACGACGCACUUUUUAUCAAGUUGGCGAUAUCGUUACUUACCGGCCUCUUGAAGGAAGACCCUACACAUCCAUCGGCUCCAUUGUUGACAUUGUUGAACACCCUACCACUGAUCGUUACCAGCCAAUGAGCAAACGAGGAAAGAUGACGGCAGAGCUAUCAAAAGAAAACCCGGCUUUUCUCAUCCAUAAUGAACUCACUGGCAAAACGACACUUGUUCGCCACACGGCAGUGGUCGAGCGAAACUUCCCUCCUACCGCUGAGAGCAAAUGA